GUCCGAUUAAGUGCGAGUGUUCAAAUAUCUCAUUGCAUGACCAUGCUGGAUCUGCGCAGAUGCGGCGCGGUCGUCCUGGCACUCUGCGCUGUGGCAGACGCCGCGCUGACGCCGCCAAAGCAUGAUCCGAUCUCGGCUGUUCAAGGUCUGAUCUCCCGCCGCCUUGGUGAAAUGUACCUAAACCAGUUUGAAUUGCGGGUGUUGCCCGCGUCCAAUGCAGGGCUCGAUGUCGCUCAUGUGUCGACAAAUGGCGGGAAGGUCCUUCUGGAAGGCUCCAGCGCCACAGCGAUGGCCUACGGAUUAAAAUCGUACUUGCGACAGGUUGUUCACACGUCCACGGACUGGGAAGACCAUGCUCUUCACCUCCCGACGACACUGCCGCUGCCGUCCUCUCCCAUCCGUCUCCAGAGGCAGGCCCCGUACACGUAUUACCAGAACGUGUGCACGGUCAGCUAUUCCCAGUGGGCAUGGUCUUGGUCCAAAUGGGAACGGCAUCUCGACUGGAUGGCAUUGCAAGGCAUCAACAUGCCGCUGGCAUUCACCGGACAAGAAAAGGUGUGGCAAGCAACGUUCGCCCAGUUCAACGUGACGGACUUGACUGAUUUUUUUGCCGGCGCGGCGUUUCUCGCGUGGGGGCGCAUGGGCAACAUCCAAGGGAGUUGGGUCAAGGGGCCGUUGCCUCAGUCCUUUAUUGACGAUCAAUUCGCGCUGCAGCAGAAAAUCCUGGCGCGAAUGGAAGCGUUCGGGAUGAUGCCGGCGCUGCCCGCGUUUGCAGGCCACAUCCCAACCAAGUUGGUCGAGCUGUACCCUCAGGCAAAAGUCGUCCGGAGCGACGCGUGGGCAGGAUUCCGGGCGCCAUACACCCAAGUGUAUCUGCUUGACCCCACGGAUGCACUGUUUGUCCAGCUGGGCGCGGCAUUCUUGAAGACGUACCAGGCCAUGUACAAGUUUACCGCUCACGUGUACCAAACUGACACGUACAACGAGAUGGACCCUCGGCUUGAUACGGCAACGUAUUUGGCGGCAUCGUCGUCGGCCGUGCUGCGCAGCAUGCAGACGGUCGACAAGGAUGCCGUCUGGCUCAUGCAAGGGUGGCUCUUUUCGUUUUCAAGGUUCUGGACGCUACCUCGCAUGGAACACUACUUGGCGCCGUUGCCGUACGAGUCGUUGAUCGUGCUCGACUUGUAUGCCGAAGUGUCGCCGAUGUGGGAGAAAUCGCGCGAAUUUUUCCACCACCAGUGGAUAUACUGCGUCCUGCACAAUUUUGGCGGGAGCCUCGGCAUGCGCGGCGACCUGGAAACCGUGGCGGCCGCGCCCGUUCGCGCGAAUUCCAUCGCCCGCGCCAUGGUCGGUGUCGGCCUCACCAUGGAAGGCAUCUUUCAAAACUACGUCGUGUACGAUCUCGCGCUGCACAUGCCAUGGGCACCCGCCGCCGUCAACGUCACGCAGUACGUGCACGAGUUUGCCCUCGCGCGGUACAACGUGGUGGGCGACCGCACGUUUGUCGAACGUGCGUGGAACGUUCUGCGAACGUCCGUGUACGACGUGCGCAACGCAUACGGCGGCGUGACCAAAGACAUUGUGUGCUUGCGGCCGCGAUGGCACUUGGUGCAUUCGAGCUUCAUGCCGACCGAGCUCAGACACGACCCACGGCACAUCCAAUCUGCGUGGGAAUUGUUCUUGGGCGCGGUCGAGGCGUCGCCGUCCCUCGAGCGCGACGACGCCUUCACACACGACCUGAUCGACAUCACAAGGCAAGCCAUGAGCGAUGGCAUUCUCAAAGCGUACGAGAGCCUGCAGACCUUGGUCGGACGCGGCGGUGCCACACUCGCCGAGGUGAGUGCGAUCGAGUCGUCGACAUGACGAAUGGAACGGAGGUGGGUGUUUUGGUAGGUGACGGCGAUGGCGGACGCGUUGCUCGAGCGCAUGACUGACUUGGACAUGGCGCUGAACACCCAUCCAGACUUCAUGCUGGGGCCAUGGAUCGCCGACGCACGAGCGCUCGCGCGCCCGGGAGACACCGCCGCUGCCUCGUACUUUGAGUACGAAGCGCGGAAUCAAAUCACGCGAUGGGGACAUGACAACCACAACGUACUGACAGACUACGCUGCCAAGGAGUGGGGCGGCCUAGUGGCGUCGUACUACGUGCCUCGGUGGCGGCUCUGGGCGCAGGAACUGCACCGGUCAUGGGCAGCCAAGGAAGAAAUGGCCAUGCCGACGCUGAUGGCGGCAAUGGAAUCCUUUGAGCUCGACUGGCAAGUCGACACGGCCACCGUGUUUCCGACAACUGCGCAAGGGAACCCAGUGCAAGUCUCGAUCGACUUGUACGAAAAAUACGUCGGCAAACUGAAUCGGCCCCCGAAGAACGCUCCAUUCGCCCAACGCACGGCCGACCCGACGACGGCGCGCCACCGCCUUGAUUACUCCUCGGUUUGCAUCCUCGAUUGCUUGUGGUGACCUUGCGUUGAAUGGAAUUCUCAUGUCCCCAUCACCAAUUUGCCUUCUCCGUGCGCUCCGCCAUCAUUCGCGCACUGGUCGAUGGGGUCCGCUCAACUAGAAGCUCAAAUGGCAUGCGUCCCGGAGUACCGCAGCGUGGCUGAGCCUCAUGACAUCCCUGGCAUUCAUGUUCUAUCAUGGAGAAUUUUGAUAAAAUAUAUUCCGAAAAAUUGUCUA